AUCCAUUCUUGAAGAAAAUGAAGAGGAGCUAUCUCGAGCAGUGAAGUGUCGUGAUACAACCAUGAAAGAGAAUCAGAAGUUGAAAGAGGACCUUGAGGCUUUGGAGGACAGGGAAAACAAGAAGUUGGGAAACUUUCAGCGACAAUUGGCAGAGGCUAAAGAAGACAACUGCAAAGUUACAAUCAUGUUGGAGAAUGUGCUGGCUUCUCACAGUAAGAUGCAAGGUGCUCUGGAGAAAGUACAAAUAGAGCUUGGGCGGAGGGAUUCAGAGAUUGCAGGCCUCAAGAAAGAAAGGGCUCUAAAUCAACAGAGGGUGCAGAAGCUAGAAGCCGAAGUGGACCAGUGGCAGGCCAAAAUGCUUGUUGUGGAUGCCCAGCACAGCAGUGAGAUGGAGCCUCUACAAAAAGCUCUAGAUAUAGCUAGAGAAGACAACAGGAAACUGGCCAUGAGUCUGGAGCAAGCUCUCCAGACAAAUAAUAAUCUGCAAACAAAGCUAGAUCACAUUCAAGAAAAACUGGAAAACAAAGAACUAGAGAGACAGAAUUUGGAAACCUUUAAAGAACGCAUGAUUGAGGAAUCCAAAGUGGAAGCAGAAUUGCAUGCUGAACGCAUCGAAGCUCUAAGAAAGCAGUUUCAAACUGAGAGAGAAGCUGCAAAGAAAGCGGCACAACGGGAAAUGACUGAGCUGAAGAAAGCCCUUGAUGAAGCCAACUUCAGAUCAGUGGAAGUGUCCCGUACCAACCGAGAGCUGCGGCAGAAAGUUACAGAGCUAGAAAAAAUACUGAACAGUAACAACGAGAAAAUAAAGAAUCAAAAGGCCCAAAUUAAGCUCCACUUGUCGGCUAAGGCGAAUAAUGCUCAGAAUAUAGAGAGGAUGAAGCAAAUAGAAACAGAAUUGAGGCAAAUGGAGCUAAUUAAAGAUCAAUAUCAGAAAAAAAACUAUGAACAGUCACUGAGUAUUCAGAGAUUUGUAUCUGAAAUGACUAACCUGCAGAAAGAGAUGCACAUGUUGGCCAAGAGCCAGUAUGAUACCUCGGCACGGAACAAACAGCAAGAGCUGCGACUAGAGGCAGAGCGGAGAAUAAGGCAGGAAUUAGAGAUCCGGUGCCAGGAAUUGGAAGAAACUGUCAGACACCUGAAGAAAUGUAAAGAGGCAACAGAGAAUAAACUGAAAGAAGCCAGUGUGGAAUCAGAACAGAUAACAGCUAACCUACAAGAAGCUCACCGCUGGUUUAAGUGCAGGUUUGAUGGCCUACAACUUGAGCUGACAAAAAACCGGUUGCAGAGGCUUCCCCGGGAAGACAGGUGGCGGGAAGAGGAACAAGAUAUAAGGCACGAUGUUGUAUCCAGCCAGUCUGCUCUACAUCGAUGGGAGACGAAACAGAAUCUUAAGCAUGUGCCCAGGAAGUGUCAUUCUGAGGUAGAGAGGAAGUGAUGUCCUUGACAGAGGAGCUUCUUCAUGGAUAGCUACACCUCCAUGACUCCACAAGCCCAGCAACUAGGGCUGGCCUGUUUCUAUAGUCAUGAGAACAUGAAGUCUUUGAUGUGGGCUGAAGAUUUUGGACCUGAAUUCAUCCUUUCAUGAACUCUUUUAUAUCAAUAUCAAACCACCCCAUCUUUUUCGUCCCUUUUCCAAGUUUCCACCCAAUAAAUGUAUAUUAAUUUGUUGUAUGAUAA